AUGGUUAUACGUGAAAGAAUUUCAUACCAUGAACUUAUGCAAGCAACUGAUGGGUUAAGUGAAAGCAAUUUACUUGGCAUGGGGAGUUUUGGUUCAGUUUACAAAGCUACACUAAUAGAUGGGACGAUUUUGGCUGUAAAGGUAUUUAAUGUGCAACAAGAAGCCGCUUUCAAGAGUUUUGACGCAGAAUGCGAAAUUCUGCGCAACAUUCGUCACCGAAAUCUCACGAAAGUCAUUAGCAGUUGCUCUAACCUUGAUUUCAAGGCCUUGAUACUCGAGUACAUGCCUAAUGGGAGUCUUGAAAAGUGGUUAUAUUCACACAACUACUUCUUGGAUAUCUUGCAAAGACUAAAAAUCAUGAUAGAUGUGGCGUGUUCAUUAGACUAUCUUCAUCAUGAUUGCUCAACACGUGUGGUUCAUUGUGACCUUAAACCGAGCAAUGUUCUGCUAGAUGAAGAUAUGGUUACAUAUGUAAGUGACUUUGGCAUCGCAAAGUUCUUAGAACAGGGGGAUAGCAUUGCACUAACCAAGACUCUAGCCACAUUUGGGUAUAUUGCACCAGGUGAAGGUUUUAGCUUUCAAUUUUUAUCCAAAUCUUAG